GUUCCAACCUGGAUACAAAGUGUUUCACAUAAUUUCAAACAUCGACAUACCUAUACACAACAAUGAAAAUUUGCCACAAUAAGGUGCCAAAGACAACAGUAAUACUCGCAGUUGCAUUGCUGCUAAUCUGGUACAUAUUUAUACCUGAUAGCACUAAUCGGGAAAAACAUCCUGGCGUUUAUAAUAAUGACAUUACAUCCAACUUGGGAUAUCCAAUUUCACCCCAUGUCGCGGAUAUUAUCGCUGAAUCAGAGAGAAAUCACGACAUCUUUGUUGCUAAGCGUGACGCUUGUCUUAAGGAUCGUUCACUAACCCAUGCAAACCUCUGGACAGGCUCGCCCACAUUUUGGGAUCAUUUUGCGCCCACCACAUCCUGCCCGUUCGCCCUUCGUCGACUCGGCAAAGUUGGCGAUGGCGGCAAGUGGAUUUGUGGUUUGAAGGAAAUCGCAAAGAAGCCAGAAUGCGUAGCGUACUCGUUCGGGGUGGCGGGAGAGACCUCGUUUGAGCAGGAGCUUCUAGAUACAACGAACUGCACAUUGUACGCUUUCGACCCAACUGUUCCAAGAAUUAGCUUAGAUGUUUCAAAAUACCCGGGCAGAGUGCACUUUUAUCAAGUAGGACUGGGAACCCCACCAUAUUUCAAACCUCCACGGUCCAGCGUGUCCUUCCCGGUAAAACGAUUAAAGCAAUUCAUGUCGGAACUAAAUCACGACUGGAUUGACGUUUUUAAAGUGGAUGUUGAACAUGCCGAGUAUGAAGCGAUGGACGAUAUUAUAGAUGAUUUUCCGAACGGGCUUCCAUUUCCUCAUGUAAAUAUUGAGGUGCAUUUACACCUAGUUAGUGAGAUAAGUGAAGAGGUUAAACAGUUUGACGAUUUGCUGAAGUGGUGGUUAAGAUUGGAGAAGGCGGGAUUACGGGCAUAUAUGAAUGAGAUGAAUUAUUUAGGCGGUAUUGCGAAGUCUAAGGUGACGGCGGUUGAGUAUGCAUUCCUUAAUAUUAAACCGUUUAUAAGUGGUAAUUAAUUGGCAAUACUCGACUGUACAAAAUAUGUAUGUAUACUUGUCAGCUACUCACGUACAUAGUUUCUAAAACCAACAAUAAAAUCAUACCUGUCCACAGUUCAUUGAUUCAUGGUAGUAAUUAUGACGGCGGAUAAUUGAGAAUGAGCAAUUUUAAGAUGCAGUAAAUUAUAUGUCUGUGCAAAUUCCAUCAGAGAAUGUUUUUUCUAAGGAUUUCAAACUAAUUGUAAGCAUGUAUACACAUACAUCCUGAGGCAUUUCACGUCGCAUGGCGGUUUACGCCACGCCGACCUCUGUAUUAUAUAAUCUUUUCCUGAUUAAUGAUUCGUAUCAGCUUUAAUAACAAGUAAAAUAACUUUUACUUUACCGAAA